GCAGGGGCAGUUUCCCAAGGAAUCCCAUUGACGGCACCGCCGUGGACCCCAGAUCCCGUUCGUCUAGACUGUCAAUCUACCUCCACGACCUCAUCCAACUUCCUUUCAUCCACGCAACCCAGCCCGUCUCGAUUCAUCUGUUCCACCGGCAUAUCGAUCCGAGCAGAAUCAUCUACCAUUCAUACCGCUACCUAGGAAGUCGAGCCGAACUUGCGGGCGAAUAGUACAAACAAGGGAAUCGUUACGAUAGACACAGCUGGGCAUUGCUUGCGCGCGGUUGUAGCUGUCCAGCUUCGCGUAUCAACUUCACCCAUAUCCAACAUCGCGACCAAAUAACGAAGCACCAUCAUGUCGCUUCCCCCGAGCUCUCCUCGACUCCCAAGCCCGCCGCCUGCCCCCGAGAUCCAGAUUGGUCCCACAUCGCCAGCCAUGGGCCCGAUCGCCAACCGCCAGGCGCAGCAAUACGAGAUGCCUACGAUAGACCUGCUGUCUCAUCGUCGCAUCCAUCCGGGCACCAAGGCCGCCGACAUGGCCGCCGGCCCUCCGUUGGUUCCUCUGCACCAGCUUGAUUCGGCCUUCCAACUCCAGGAGCACUUAGCAGCCCUCCAUUGGCACCAUACGGCCGGUAACACAACUCCCAUCACAAGGGAGACAGCCAAGAUUCUCGCAACGCCCCCUGCUCAUAUCGACAAGACGGUAUGGCUGUAUGAGCUGUGCCGCUUUUUGAUCACACAAUGCAACAACCUUAUUGUUGGUUUCCUGUUCGAUGAGCCGCCCUGCAGCGCUGCCACCUGCCCCGAGAUGCGUGCAAGCGAGUGGCAGUUUUUAUGUGCCGUGCAUGAUGCACCCAAGAGCUGCUGCGCGAUCGACUAUUGCUGUCACACUCUUGAUUGGGCGGCCAACACCGUGACCAAUCCCAAGUACUUCCCUAGCCGCUUCUUCGUUGACACCCAUGACAAGAAUCUGGCUUUGAGGCACUUGGUCAAUAUCUUUCGCCGUCUACAUCGCAUGUUUGCCCAUGCGUGGUUCCAACACCGCAGCGUUUUCUGGGCUGUCGAGGGCCAAACGGGCCUUUAUAUCUUUUUCAAAACCGUCUGCGAUCACUUUAAGACUCUCCAACACGAGAACUUUCAGCUUCCUCCUGAGGCUGAAGGGCUGGAGAGCACAGCAACCUCAUCGGGCGACGACGACGUUCCUCAAGUCGUGAUAGAGAAACCCAAGACACAUCAGCCGGGGGGGUCCGUUACUUUUGCGAAGCCUCCGGUUAUAGCAAGCCGGGGAACACCUGUUGGGGAACCCGCUGAUGAUGAUAGUCUCAAUACUGCCGCAAUGAGGACUAACACGAGGCGGCAUAUUAAGAGCAGCCCUUCGGUUGGCAGCGCUGUGACAACUGUUCCGGAGGCGGAGGAAGAGGAUGGCAGCAGCACAGCGAACUUGAGAGGAAAAUCAAAGGUCACGCGCAGAAGGGUUCCCGAACUGGAGCCGGCCACAGAAGAAGAGAUGGAAACAGACAACAUUCCCGUCAUUGUGUGCCAUGGGACUACAGAGCCGCAGACGCCCCAUCAGCCAACGAGUGAAGCCGACAUGACGAAAAUCGAAGAUUCGGCACCGGCCGAUAUAGCAGCAGCCUUGCCUCCCGCCGAAUUGCAACACCCGGAGUCGGAAGAGGACACAGAGGAGGCGACAGCAAGCGUUCAGGAGCCUGUACAAGAGGGCGAACCUACGUCUGAAGAUCAGCCGACAAAGAAAAGCACUCCUGACGAGUCCAACGAGGAAUCAGCAAAAGUCGAUGAUAAUGAAGUAAGAGAGCAAGGCAAUGAGGAUUCAGAAAGUCCAAAAUCAGCAGAUGUUACUCCGCACAAUGAGGUCGGAACAAGUGCAAUUCCAACAUCAGUGUCGGAGUCGGAGGAUAGUGAUGUUGAUACGCCGGCAUCUUCUUCUGGAUCCGCCAAUGAUGAUCCCAUUGGAGACGGUCAUGAGUCGAACAAAGAUUCCACGAUGAAACCUGUUGCCGAUGCUGGCAGUGAUGAGCAGCCGGUGGGCGUGGAACCGAUACUGGAAUCUGCCGACAAUGGGUCCAGGGAGAAGCAAGAUGAUGAUCAAGAUGAAACGAAACCAAGCCACGCCGAAAACGACUUGGCGAAGUCUGACGAGAACGUCGCCCAGGAGGAGGAAGAGAAGGGCGAAAAGGAGGAAGAAAAAGACGAGACAAAGGUGGAAAAGUCGGACGAAGAGGCCAUGGCUCCUGGUGCUGAGCAGGUCGCAUAGGCGGACUAGGUAGUCCGUCACUGGGGAUUGCCGAUGUGAAAGAUUUGCCUUUGUAUGAAUACUACUGUGGACACUGUUGUAACCUAGCGUAAGAGCCAUUGUUAGGGAUAGGAAAGCGAAGACGAGGAGAGAUGGUCGGAAUGAUUGAAUUGGCCAUGCAAGUCUGACGCAUGAAGCUUCUCAUUGGCUCUCUGCACAAUCCAUGGCUGAAAGCACAAGCUGUGUUACGAUUGUGAAAGAAAAAAACAUAUCCUGUUCUGCCCGCAUUUUUUCCUCAUGCUUCCGAGGAAGAAUAUGGACACUCAUACUAACUACUAAGACUAAUAAUACUUGUUAAAAUAAAGAAUUAUGACCAUAAGAAAAAAAACCGAAAAAUAAAAAGAAAAGAAAACAGAAAGCAACAGUCACUGGAAGUACGUGAGCAAAAAGCACGGCAUCAUCCUUGUAAUUGUACACUUCGAGAUGAAUGAGGCCACAGGAACUGAUGCGUACGACUCCACGUUCGGUUUACACCCAACCCAUUUUACCGCCCCCUUUUCUUUUAUUUACUCCUGUCUCAACCAGUGAGUGGUAUGUCUAUGCCGAUCUAUCAGCCUACCGCCUACCGCCUACCGCAACGGCGAAUCAAGCUGCUACACUACUACAAGGUCUAACUUAUGAGGAUGUGAUACAUGCUAGAAGAAAAUAAGUAAAACGAUAAAGAAGACAAAUAACGUAAAAGAAGAGAAGACUAGGUAUUCUACCUAACCACAGACCUACGUGUCGGCCAAUCUCAAACUCAAAACACGCUAGCGCUUGAACGUGUAGCACCAUCGUGGCUGUCUGUCUGUUGAACAAACGUGAUCGGGUGAUACGAGAUGGAAACUUCAGAGUUAUAGAUACUAGCAAGAAAAGAAACAACC